GGUUUUCUUAGAAGUUCUGCAUCUCUUCACCAGCGAACAUAGCAGCCGCACCGCUGAGCAGGAAUUUGAAACCCUUAUCAUGUCGCUGGUUGCAAAUGAAGAUUUUCAGCACAUACUUCGUGUGCAAAACACGAAUGUGGAUGGUAAGCAGAAGAUCAUGUUCGCUAUGACAUCAAUCAAAGGUAUCGGCCGUCGUUUUGCUAACAUUGCCUGUAAGAAAGCCGAUAUCGACAUGAGCAAGAGGGCUGGUGAACUUUCUGCUGCUGAACUCGACAGCUUGAUGGUGGUUGUCGCUAAUCCUCGUCAAUUCAAGAUCCCUGAUUGGUUUUUGAAUAGGCAGAAGGAUUACAAGGAUGGGAAGUUUUCCCAAGUCACAUCGAAUGCUCUGGACAUGAAGCUUAGGGAUGAUCUGGAACGCCUGAAGAAGAUCAGGAAUCAUCGUGGUUUACGUCACUACUGGGGUCUUCGCGUGCGUGGUCAGCAUACAAAGACCACUGGUCGCCGGGGAAAGACUGUUGGUGUCUCCAAGAAGCGAUAAUCACCUUCGCCUGAGCCAAUUUUGCAUGUUUUAUGCAUAUUUCUAUUUGAUAUGUGAUGAGAUGUGGUUUAAAUGGAACUUAGCUUUAUGAUUUUGUUGAAUGUAAUGGAUUUUUGAGUUCUAUAGAGAGCAGCAUAGCAUUGCUUUUGUAAGAAUGUAUUGUCUGCACUUGUCCUUGUUGGCAACGAAUGAAGUUCAUUUUUCAGACAUUUUAAUCUUUUAUUUGCUAUGAAUUUUUUCUUCCA